AUGGCCCUCCACCCAGCAACCUACGGCAUCCACGCCGACGACCGCACGAACAUCCUCACCGACGUCGCCCCACCCAUCCACACGAGCACUACCUUCCGCUACCCGCGCGACCCGGCAAAGCUCCACCCCGUCCCGGAAGUGGAUGGCGAGGUCAUCGAUCUCAGCACGCCCUUGAUCUACUCGCGCCUCGCAUCCGCAAACAUCAACCGGCUGGAGACCAUCCUCACACCGCUGAUCUACCCGCGCGCAAAAGAGGAGGAAUUCGAAUCGCUGGCCAACCAUGUCGUGAGCUACAGCAGCGGCCUGAGCGCGUUCCAUGGACUACUCGUGCACGUCGUGCCCAAGGUCAUCGCCAUCAGCGGCGGCUACCACGGCUGCCACGGCGUGCUGGACCUGCACCAGCGCAUGCACGGCGUGAAGACGGUCGACCUGCACGCAGACGAGCAAGCCUGGGACGCCAGCGGCAUCGGCAAAGGCGACCUGGUGCACCUCGAAACCCCCCUCAACCCCAGCGGCGAGGCCUUCAGCAUCCAGAAGUACGCCGAACGUGCCCACGCCCGCGGCGCCCUGCUCAGCGUCGAUGCCACCUUCGCGCCCCCCGGCCUGCAGGACCCGUUCCAGUGGGGCGCCGACUUCGUCAUGCACUCCGGCACCAAGUACAUCGGCGGCCACAGCGACAUGUUGUGCGGCAUCCUGGCCACCGCCAACUCCCCCGACGGCCUCAACCGCGCACAGGGUCUCCGCGCCGACCGCAUCUUCAUCGGCGCCGUGCUAGGCAGCCUCGAGGGCUGGCUGGGCGUGCGCAGCCUGCGGACACUGGAGCUGCGCGUGCAGCGCCAGAGCUCGAACGCGGACCGACUGGUUGCGUGGCUCGACGACGCGCUGCACGGGCGCAACGAGGAUGCCGCGCUCAUCCAGAAGGUGGUGAAGAGCGUCUCGCACGCGUCGCUGCAGAAGGACGACUUUACGUGGCUCAAGCAGCAGAUGCCCAACGGCUUCGGGCCCGUGUUUAGUUUCUGCACGCACGAGCCGGCGCAGGCGCGCGCGCUGCCGAGCCACCUGAGGUUGUUCCACCACGCGACGAGUCUGGGUGGUGUGGAGAGUCUGAUUGAGUGGCGCCGGAUGUCGGAUACGCGCGUGGACGAGCGGUUGCUGCGCGUCAGCAUCGGGGUGGAGCACUGGGAGGACUUGAAGGAGGAUCUGUUGAAGGCGUUCAAGGCGCUGGCGGAGGGGGACGGGGGCGUGGCUGCGGUGAAGGGGACUGCACAGGUUGGGCAGGAGGGCGCGAAGGUCGAAGGCGCGGCAGCGGGGAGUGUAUGA